AUGAGCCAUCUACCAGGGGAUCAAAACGCACAGGCCGAUGUGCUGAGUCGGUUGGCCGAGGCGUGGAAAAUCUCGAAGUCCAUCAUUCUCGACGGUCGUCCGGUAUCAGUGUCACUUCUGGGCGAGUCAGACCCCCCGGAUAAUCAGGGGAGCAUGCCCGACGAUGAUAACGAGCUCAUUCGUGUCCUGUACGCUCUGCCAUAUAGGAGAGAUGACCUACCUAGGAGCUCGCAGGUGAUCAGCGCCGCCAUUGGCAAGCCCUACCGACAGGAGCUUCUGCAAAUCCAGCGUGACUCCCCAAAGGCUAGCGGUUUAAUUGCUCAGCUGGAGACUAGCGGGGUCGACCACAAGGACUGUCAACUGGGUGAGGAUGGAGUACUCUGGCACGACCCGAGUCAAUAG